AUGGUGCUCAAUCAUAUCUUUUCCAAAUCGCCCGACAAGCACAAGACCAAGACCAAGGAGAAAGAGAAAGAGAAAGGUCAGCCCAGAGAGCGAGAGACAUCCAGCGAGCGCGUUAAGGACAAGAAGGACCGCAUCGACCCCCUCUCCCAGCGUAUUGUGAUUCCGCCGCCGCCGCCCAAGUCGCCCGAAUACCGGCCGUCGCCCACCGGCUCGCCGAGAAAGUCGUCUUCCACCUCAACGUCGCCGCGGAAAUCGCCCACCAAGUCUGUCUCGCACCGCGAUUAUUUCCAGCACAGUCGCUCCUCGUCGACCACCUCCAACAAACGCAGUUUCACCAUCUCGCGCCGCUAUUCCUCUGCACGGGAUCACCGGGACCAAGACUCUCAUCCGCUAAACCUACCGCCCGACGAGCUUCGCCGCCUCACGGCCAUGGCUACCAGAGAAGAUGCGCGGAGCUCGAUGGACGUCGAGGAGAGCCCCUCGUCGUCCAAUACUGCUCCCGUCACAUCGCCCUCUGGAGAGACUCCCAAUGGAGCCAGUCCCGCACAGGAAGAUAGAAGUCCAACUCCCCCGCCUCACCGGUCGAGCCCUCCAGCGCCGGACGCGGAGUCAUUCAAGUUGGCGGGGAACAAAUUCUACAAGGCAGGCGAUUACAACCGUGCCAUUCAGGAGUACAAUAAAGCUAUCGAGAUUAACCCCAACUCGUCCGCAUACCUGUCUAACCGCGCCGCCGCUUACCUCUCUGCGGCCCGAUACCGGGAAGCCCUGGAGGACUGCCAACGGGCGCACGAGCUGGAUCCGACGAACCCCAAGAUCAUGCAUCGGUUGGCCAGGAUCUUGACGUAUCUGGGACGCCCUGCGGACGCUCUCGAUGUGCUCUCCAGGGUGCAGCCACCGGCGUCUGCCACUGACAGAGCUCCUGCCGAGAAGAUGCUGCGGUUUAUCUCACAGGCGGAGGAAACGUUGAGGAACGAGAAGGGAGGUUCGAUGGCUAUGUUCUGUCUGGAUCAGGCCCGCCAGGGUCUGGGAACGGGUGUCAAGCAGCCACGAAAGUGGGCCCUGCUGACCGGAGAGGCGCAUCUGAAGAUGGGCAAUGACAAUGCCUUUGGAAAGGCUCAGGACAUCGCCAUCGGCUUGCUGAGGGAGAACAACCAAGACCCAGAUGCUCUACUGCUACGGGCACGUGCCUUCUAUGGUCAGGGAGACAACGACCAGGCGGUGAAGUAUCUGCGGAUGUGCCUGAGUCUGGAUCCGGACUCGAAGCAGGCGAUCAAGAUGCUCCGCAUGGUGCAAAAGCUCACACGGACAAAGGAAGAAGGAAACAAUGCAUUCAAGGCCCGCGACUACCGGAAGGCCAUUGAGCUGUGGACAGCGACUCUGGAGAUCGAUCCUGACAACAAGGACGUCAACUCCAAGGUCUUGCAGAACCGUGCGCAGGCCUACAUCAAUCUGAAGGAGUAUGACAACGCUAUCAGGGACUGUACAGAGGCCCUGCGGAUAGACCCGUCCUACCUCAAGGCGCAGAAGGUCCGUGCCAAGGCCUACGGUGCUUCGGGCAACUGGGAGGAGGCCGUCAAGGAGUACAAGGCUGUUGCGGAGGCCAAUCCGGGUGAGAAGGGCAUCCAGGAGGACAUUCGCAACGCCGAGUUCGAGCUCAAGAAGAGUCAAAGGAAGGAUUACUACAAGAUCCUGGGAGUGUCCAAGGACGCUUCGGACCAGGAGAUCAAGAAGGCUUAUCGCAAGUUGGCCAUCCAAUACCACCCUGACAAGAACCGCAAUGCGGAAGACAGCGAUGAGAAGUUCAAGGAGAUCGGAGAGGCGUACGAGACGCUGAUUGACCCUCAGAAGCGUGCUUCUUACGACAACGGAGACGAUCUCAUGGACCCUGCGGACAUGUUUGGCCGUGGCGGCUUCUCGAACAUGGGUGGUGGCAUGGGCGCGACCACCAUCGACCCGAACAUUCUUUUCAACAUGAUGAACGGCGGUGGUGGCUUCGCAUCGGCUGGAGGUCACCCGUUCGCCAGUCGCGGAGGCUUUGGUGGUGGAUUUCCCUUCUAG